CGGGUAAACAGUCAUGGCCGACGAGGAAGACGCGCAGGACGCCGCGCGCGACAUGGGCAACCACCUGCCGCUGCUGCCUGCAGAGAGUGAGGAUGAAGAUGAAAUGGAAGUUGAAGACCAGGAUAGCAAAGAAGCCAAAAAGCCAAACAUCAUCAAUUUUGACACCAGUCUGCCGACCUCCCACACAUACCUGGGCGCCGACAUGGAGGAGUUCCACGGCCGGACGCUGCAUGACGACGACAGCUGCCCGGUGAUCCCGGUGCUGCCGCAGGUGGUGAUGAUCCUGAUCCCCGGGCAGACGCUGCCGCUGCAGCUCUCGCACCCUCCGGAAGUCAGCAUGGUGCGCAACCUCAUUCAGAAAGACCGCACCUUUGCCGUUCUCGCCUACAGUAAUGUGCAGGAGAGGGAAGCCCAGUUUGGAACCACAGCCGAGAUCUACGCCUACCGAGAAGAACAGGACUUUGGGAUUGAGAUAGUGAAAGUGAAAGCGGUCGGCAGACAGCGGUUCAAAGUCCUCGAGCUCAGGACCCAGUCAGACGGAAUCCAGCAAGCUAAAGUGCAGAUUCUUCCCGAGUGUGUGUUGCCUUCAACCAUGUCUGCAGUUCAGUUAGAGUCUCUCAAUAAGUGCCAGAUAUUUCCUUCAAAGCCCGUCUCGUGGGAAGACCAGUGCUCGUAUAAAUGGUGGCAGAAAUACCAGAAGAGAAAGUUCCAUUGUGCAAAUCUGACUUCGUGGCCUCGCUGGCUCUAUUCCUUGUAUGACGCUGAAACGCUUAUGGACAGAAUCAAGAAACAGCUCCGCGAGUGGGAUGAAAAUCUGAAGGACGACUCUCUCCCUUCCAAUCCAGUCGAUUUUUCUUACAGAGUAGCUGCUUGUCUUCCUAUUGACGAUGUAUUGAGAAUUCAGCUCCUUAAAAUCGGCAGUGCUAUCCAACGACUUCGCUGUGAGCUCGACAUCAUGAAUAAAUGUACUUCUCUUUGCUGUAAACAAUGUCAAGAAACAGAAAUCACCACCAAAAAUGAAAUAUUCAGUUUAUCCUUGUGCGGGCCGAUGGCCGCCUACGUGAACCCCCACGGCUACGUCCACGAGACUCUCACCGUGUACAAGGCUUGCAACCUGAACCUGAUUGGCCGGCCUUCUACAGAGCACAGCUGGUUUCCUGGGUACGCCUGGACGGUUGCUCAAUGCAAGAUCUGUGCGAGCCACAUUGGAUGGAAAUUCACAGCCACCAAGAAAGACAUGUCGCCUCAGAAGUUUUGGGGGUUAACUCGAUCCGCUCUGUUGCCCACAAUCCCAGACACUGAAGAUGAACUGAGCCCAGACAGGGUGAUCCUUUGCUUGUAAACAUACGGUAGGGGUAAAGUCACUAACACAUGGGUGUUCUCAAUCAGAUCUGCCGCACCUAGAGGGUACGGUUACGUCAGCACACUGGGCACAGACAGGUGCACUCCAGGCACAAAUGAGCCCCUACCUACGUAGCUUGGGGCCACCGGCCGGUGGGCUCUGCUGUGCCGGGCAGGAAGAUGGCUCCACGCUGCUGCAGGUGACCAGGGUAAAAGCCAGGUGCCAAGCACAAGGUGCGUCCCUUCUGGAAGGCAAGGUGACAAAUGCUGUUUUAAAUGGACUUUUUCAGUUUC